CCAGAAGGUUCGCGCGAGCCAAGGGAGAGGAGCAGAGAGCAAGAGGGGACAAACUACGUUUCUCUGAGCACUGUGCACUUUGGACAAGUUGACAUUGACACAGUUAGGCCUACAAAUAUUUAUUUAAACUAGAGUUAUGUGUUAUGAAGUGGAUGAUCAAACAUAUUCAUGGAUUUUUUAAAGUGCGUAAUGGCACGACUUCAUCAAGAACGAUGUUUUUUUGGGUAACUUUAUAAAGAAAGACCAGGCCUAAUCUUUAUUUUAAAACGCAUUGAACUUAUCUAAUUUAAAAAGGCAUGUUUUCUGCGUGUUACCCUCCUGCUCAGUAUAGCGACUCAUGGGAUGUAGCAAAUGGAGAGCUGUGUUCAACUUUGGACACCUGAAGGCGCAGUCCAAACUUUCCGUCUUCCUUACCAUGAUCAUCAUUUUCACUUACUUAUUUUACUGUCUCUCUGGGUACUGCGAAUCCUUACCAAGACCUGUAUACGAACAACAGACUACUUUUAUCAACAAAAUAUUAGGCCUAAAUGAUGAACUGAAGCAACAAAAGCUCGAACCGCACAAGAACAGUUCUCCCGGCUCGGAGAACUUUGACAGUGUUGACUCACUCAUGCAGGGCAAUGAUAACGAACUGCGACCGGAUAACAACAUCUCUAUAGCCAAUAACUUCGGUAGUAAAACUUUUCCUCAGGCAAUCAUCAUCGGAGUAAAGAAAGGAGGCACGCGCGCGCUUUUGGAGUUUCUGCGCAUUCACCCAGAUGUCAGAGCUGUGGGCGCCGAACCCCACUUCUUCGACAGGUUCUAUGAUAACGGAUUGGAAUGGUACAGUGUAACGGUAGCAGACGCUGGAGAAAGAGUAAUGCAGCAUCACCCAGGACCACCCAGGACAAUGGAUUGGAUCCCAGCAGGCGACCCAAAACAGCGACGCCGCAGAAGGGGCAGACGGAGCAGUCUUCUGGACAUCGCCCACCGCUCCCGAGUAUACUACUAGCCAAUGUCCAGUCUCUUGACAACGAAAUCCGAGCAAGGGUUGCCUUCCAGAGAGACAUCAGAGAUCGCACCAUUCUCUGCUUCACGGAAAAAUGGCUCACUCAGGAUACGUUAUCAGAGUCGGUACAGCCACCUGGUUUCUUCACGCAUCGCGCCGACAGAAACAUACAUCUCUCUGAAACUUGAUGCCUCGGACGUUGGAAAGCCAGAUCACCAUGGAGAAGACACCAAGCUACUUCGUCACCAAGGAGGCUCCUCGGCGUCUCUUCGCCCUGAGUCGUCAUACCAAGCUGAUCGUGGUGGUCCGAGACCCCGUGACCCGGGCCGUGUCCGACUACACCCAGACGCUGUCCAAACAACCCGGCCUUCCGUCUUUCCAGAGCCUGACCUUCCGGAACUCCACCACGGGCCUCAUCGACACCUCCUGGAGCGCCGUGCGCAUCGGGAUCUACGCCAAGCACCUGGAGAACUGGCUGCGCUACUUCCCCCUCUCGAAGUUCCUCUUCGUCAGCGGGGAGCGGCUGGUGACGGACCCGGCCGGGGAGAUGGGCAGGGUGCAGGACUUCCUGGGGCUGAAGAGGUUGGUCACGGACAAACACUUCUACUUCAACCAGACCAAGGGUUUCCCCUGCCUGAAGAAGCCUGAGGGGAGCAGCAGGCCACGCUGUCUGGGGAAGUCUAAGGGAAGGCCUCAUCCACAGAUCUCUCCAGAGGUGCUGCUCAGGCUCAGGGAGUUCUAUAGGCCAUUCAACAUGAAGUUUUACCAAAUGACAGGCCAUGACUUUGGCUGGGACUGAUGGAAAUGGGAUGGGAUAGAGCAUAGACAUGUGUCUCCAGAGGAUCUACAGGCCUUGUAAUGGCCACUUAACCUGAGGUUUUGCCAAAUGACAGGUCCUCGUGACUUCGGCUGGGACUUGUGGAAACAGACAGACUAGUAUAUUUUGGUUUUUAAAGAGAGGGUUUAAAUCUCCUUGUAUAAACAGAUGUGAUUUUUCCUAGUAUGAUUGUUGUGUCGCUGCAAUGUAAUAAAAAAUAAAUAUUCUGACAAAACUGCUCCAUGAGCCAAAUAUUCAUCCCAAAUAUGCUAAUACUAUUUCAAUAAACUAGACUACAAUAAGCCAAGUGCAUUUCUAAAAUAAUUGUAUUAAUGACAGAUCAUUUUUACUGUUAUCCCAUUCUGAUGUUUGAAAAUGCAAUCGCAAAGAUGUUUAGGUGACAUUAUGUUUAACAAUGCAGAAGACUAUUACUGGUAUAAAUGCUGGACUAUGUACUUUUUUUGUUAACAAAAUAUAUUACUGAUUUACUCUGUGUGCUGUAAAAUUGCUAUUAUUUAUGUUGCAAGUGUUAUGCUAUUGAGAAUUGUGGUAUAUGCUAUAUCUGUAUCCCUUAUCUUUCUUCAUUGUUUGUUUCAUACCAAACUCAUAAACAGUACCCCUCUUUGACUGUACACUUCUGGAAGCAUAAUUUAUUAAAAUGACAAUGUUUGA